AUGAGGAUUCUCAGUUGGAACUGUCGGGGGCUUGGGAACCCCCGAACAGUUCAGACCCUUCGCAUGAUAGUGAAGGAGAAGAUGCCCGAUGUGGUUUUCCUAAUGGAAACCAAACUCCCAUAUGGUAGAGCAGAUGGGAUUGCAAAGACCUUAAAGUUUGAGGGCUGUUGUGUUAGUGAGGCGGUUGGUAGAAGUGGAGGUCUUAUUCUACUGUGGAAACAUAAGGACCAGUUAGAGCUAGUUAAUUUCUCAAGACAUCACUUUAAUGUUAUGGUGAAUGAUACCCAGUGUAACUUUAAGUGGCUAUUAACUUGCUUUUAUGGGCACCCGAAUGCAAACUUGAGAAAGCAGACCUGGGAUCUAUUGUCAUCUUUCAAGCCUAGUGAAGGAGGUUGGGGGGUGAUAGGAGAUUUUAAUGAGAUCUUGUUAAAUGAUGAGAAGGAGGGGGGAAGAGGAAGGAGUGAAAACCUCAUGAAAAUGUUCAGGGAGCUGAUAGAAGAAGGGAAUUUGAUUGAUCUGGGAUGGAAAACAAACAAGUUCACAUGGUGCAACCGACAUGAAGAUGAGUCUUUCACAAAGGAAAGACUAGACAGAGCUUUAGCAAACCAAAGGUGGAAAGGAGUUUUCACAGAGGUUUCAGUGGAUACCCUUCCAGCUAUCUGUUCUGAUCACAACCCAAUACUACUUUCCUGUAGUUUUGAGAGGUGCUCAGAAUAUAGAUUUCAUUCUUCUUUCAAGUAUGAAGCCAACUGGAUAAACGAGAGGGGUUGUAGAGAGGUAGUUUUGGAUGCAUGGCAGGGGAGUUAUAGAGGGGUGUCUGGUAUGGAGAAGGUCUUAUAUAAGCUCGAAAGAACUAGAAGGGGUUUUCAAAAGUGGAGUAGAGGCAUGGCAAGAGACAGAAACAGAGCUAUAAGAGAAAAGACACAACAGCUAGGUGAGCUACAAAGCCAAGAAGAACCAAGCACCAUAAAGAGACAAAAAAAUCUGCAGUUAGACCUGAAUUUUCUAUUGGAACAAGAAGCCAUAGGGUGGAGGCAAAGGGCAAAGAGACACUGGCUGAUUGGUGGGGACAGAAAUACAAAAUUUUAUCAUGCCUGCGUAAAUCAGAGAAGGUAA